UCGAAGUCACAAAAUGAUCGGAAUACAUUUCGUGCUCGUCGCGUUACUUGUGGUGGAAAUCAAAGCCAAUUGUUUAGUUAGAGAUGCCGAUGUCUUGGCAACCAAUCGAAUAUUUGCCAAACGCGUCGGAUCUCAUCUUGAGUUACUUCGUAAUAAUCUAGUGCCAACUGGUGGCAGAUUGAGAUCAUUUUGUAGUUCCAGCGAUUUUGUGGAUUCCACUUGUCGAGCAAAUCGCAGAUUUUUUCCUGCAUUGCCAACGUCAAAUUGUACACGAAAACCCGAAGCAAUUGUUGAGUUGGUUGAUGACGAUAAGUGUCCUUUUAGCAUGUUUCGUGUGGGAUACAAAUUGAAUGCACAACAGUUUCUGGAAGUAUAUAGAAGUUGUUAUGACAUUGCAACACAAAGAUCUGUGUUUUCUAUUCAUGAAUUACAUCGUCACAAUCUAACCACAAAAUGUAUCGCCUCUGGCUUCACGACAGAAAAUGUGACUAUAUCUCGCUCGUUUCAGGCCAAGAGUAUACUAAAUAGGUUCAAUGAAAUUCUUGGAAAACAGAAUUACACAUCGAACGAUCGACAGCCUUAUCUGUUUAAUCGCGGCCACUUGACACCGGCAGCUGACUUUGGAUUUUGCGAACAUACGAAAGCGACUUAUAAAUACAUCAAUGUUAUGGCUCAAUUUUCCAACAUCAAUAACAGAAAUUGGAAAAGAAUUGAGCAUUGGGUACGCCAACUUCUAGCGCAUAAUGAGAAGCUAACAGUUUGUACCGGAGGUUUAGGAAUAUUGCAGCUGGAGAAUGAAUUUCAUAUGCCAACAAAUAUUUCGCUGGCAAGUCACAAUCGCAAUCCCGUCUACAAAUGGAUUUACAAACUCGUCAAAUCGAACACUUCCCAUUACGGCUUCCUUACAUACAAUAAUAUUUUCGAAGAUUACAGACCAAUGCCAAUAUGUAAUCCAAUUAUUUGUCCAGCAGAACUGAAAUUAACUCCAUCAGCUUUGGCUGGAUUUUCAUUCUGUUGUGAUGUUGAUGAUUUCAUUUCACGAUAUCUACGUCAUCUGCAAAGUGUUUGCUAAGCUUGUGACAUGUUUUCCAGUUAAGUUUAGUAUGACAGUUUUAAACAGAAGCGAUCAAUAUUAAUAAUAUUCAAUUGAAGAAGAGCAUAGUAAAUGAUUUUCAUUAAUUGCAUCUUAAUGGGAAUUUUGUACGUUUCUAAGCAUCGCUAGCAAUGACGAAGCAACUGAUAACCUCAUGUAUGUAGCUGGAAUUUCCCGCAUAGU